AAUCUAGUUAAUUAGACCAUUUUUAGAGACAUUGCUGUGUUUCUUCUUCUUCAUAUAUCAAGCACAUGUGAUACGUGACAUCGUCAUCGUUGGACAUUUACUAUGCAGUGCUGCUGGUUAAGAAAGAUAGACCAAUCGCAUACUCAUGUGGCCACACGUGUCCGCCCCUUGGCACGGCUCCACCAAUCACGGGGCAGCUGGGCACGUAACACGCGGCUUGCCUUUGCAGUAUCCGGUUUGACCAGCAGGUGGCAGCACGUGUAAACACAUGUAACAUUACACAAGCUGUUACCAAACACUGAAGGCGAGUUCUGUAACAGAGCGCAGCCCCGCCUCACAACGCUGCUGUCUCUCAGAGGAAAGGAGCUGCUGCACCGCUGAGACGACCACAAUGAAGUCCAUCGCUUGCAUCUCCUCGUCUGUCAGAGCAGCUUGUCAGCACACCUCAACGUGUCUUCCUUUCAAUCGUGCUUUUAUUGUCUGCAGUCCUUUGGGCAGAUGCUCCAAUGUGGAUUUUGCCUGCAGGGGUCAAGAACCGUGCGUAACCGGCGUGCGUAAUUUCCAUGGCACGCACGUGAACACCGCAGUGGUCCAGCAGGUGAGCGCAGAGCCUCCCCUCAGCCAUGUGCCCAUGCCAGGGAAAAGAGAGGAUGACCUGACCAUGUACCAGCUCACAAGACGUGUGCCAACAAGGGCUGCACUGAGACCAGCCCCGUCAGCUGCUCUGAGACCAGCCCCGUACCUCUCGCAGUACACCCCAUACACCAAACCACAGAGCGAAGCGGCUGCACUGGUCAACAUGCAGUCCCUGUUUGAAGGGGAGGUGAUCCCCGAGCUGUGCUCCAGGCUGGCAGACCUCCCCAGCAGUGACAGGGCGGAGGGACUGGCAACUUUACUCGGAGCGUGUGUUGAGUUUGGCCUCGAAGCGCACAGCCCUCUGGUCCGCAGGCUGACAGACGAGUGCCUGCAGCUCCUCUCCAAAAGGGACAUUGAGGUGGGGCAGCUCUGCCACCUGGGCGAGGUGGCCUGCACCCUGGAAGGCGGCCAGUCAGGCCUGGUCAAAGAGGUCCUGGACGCCGUAGGUGUUGCGGUGGAAGAUGAUGUCGUCUCCCCCAGCGAGGCUGUCAGAUUGUACUCCCUGCUGGCUCUGUGUCACGAUCCUGCCAGCCAGCAGCAGACGCACACGCUGUACACUCUGCACAGGCACACGAAGAGGCUGGCGCGCCAGCUGACAGCCGGACAAGUCAGCGAGAUACUGCAGCUCCUUGUGAAGUUACAGCAGAGACGGUCCAUUUCCCUGGUGAUGAGGCUGAGUCACAGAGCAUCACGAGUCUUCAAAGCUUUCACCGACAGAGAAGUCAUUGAGGUGCUCUCGGCGCUGAUGAUCCUGGGGCAGCACGACGAAGAUCUCCUGGCUGCCAUGGAGAAACACCUGCCAGGACGGCUGGAAAAGAGCGAUCCGGAGAUGAUCGGCGCCGUCAUGGAGUACUGCCUGCUAACAAGGUGCCGCUCCGAGCCGAUCUUCGAGGCCGUGGCUGAGAACUUCGUGUCCCAGGGUGAAACGCACACCACCCUCCAGAUAGCCAAACAGAUUGUCGCCAUGGGGAGACUCAACUACCUGCCACAGUGUUCCAGCCAGAUGUUUAAGAAGCUGGAGAGCAUUUUGUCAACGAGGUUUUCCCAGUUCCAGCCUCGCUCCCUGAUCGAGGUGUUGCACGCCUGCAUCCACCUGGAGCGCUUCCCACUCAACUACACGUCCAAGGUCUUCAGCCCGUACUUCCUGCAGAGGCUCCAAGUCCAGGGGGAGCCAUUGGACAAGAACGCACUGGGAUACCUGACACAGCUGAAUCUGUCCGCCUCAUUGGAAUGCAGUUACUACAGGGGUCCCAGACUGCCCUUCGUCCUGCACGUGAAGAAGUUCUCCUCUGUAGACCAAGCCUUCGAGACACCUAUGGAGAGUCUCCUGUACAAACAAGUCAAACGGCCACUUACAGACCUGCUGGGGGGACAUUUUUACUCCACCAAGAUAUUUUCUCAAGGUGGAUACACUAUAGAUGUGGAAAUAUGCCUGGAUGAGAGGGGAUAUGUUCUGCCUCAGUCUCAGUGGGAUCACACUCACAGAAGGAUAGCACUGUGUUUGGAUGGUCAGAACCGAUUCAGCAGCAACACGCAACACCUGCUGGGGAAGGAGGCCACGAAAAGGAGACACCUCCGCAGGAUGGGCUAUGAGGUGGUGCAGAUCCCGUACUUUGAAUUUGAGAAGCUGGGAACUUUGGAGAGUCGGGUCCAGUAUCUUCACAACAAGAUCUUUCCCACCAUCUUCAAGUUCAAACACAGAUCUUAGUCACGCAACAAACUGAGUUCAACCAAAUAUUCCUCAGACUUUUGUUGCUGUAGAAAUGAAUCAACCUUCCAGUGAACUGAAUGAACAUUUAGCUGACGACAUGAGAAACUUGGCGUGGAAGAAAACAGAGCAGUUUUGUUGGACAUAUUCAGAUUCAGCACAUGCGUAUUCUGAAGGAUAACACUUAUCUUACUGUCCUGCAAAGACUGUGGCAUACUUUAACUGAAGUUACUGUAAAGAUAUAGGAUGAUAACAUGGCAUUUGUUCCCAUGUUUCUUUGAUUUUUUUUGUCAUCUAAUGAAACAGUGAAUCAAUGUAAGUGGAUUUUAUUUAACAGGACUAAGUGCCUGUCACCGAGGCAUCUGAUAUCAAAGCUCAUUGAGACUGGAUCCGAGUUUUGUUUUGCUUUUAUUUUUAUUUAUAUAAAGAUGAACUUGAAAACAUUUGAAUCCCAUUUGAAAUGCAGCUGUGAAAGAGGGGCAGUCCUAACAGCUGAACUGCUGCUUCUCUGGCCGUCUGUGUGACUAUAUCUCUUAUAUUUGCAUCUUUUGACCUGAAUUGAAAACUAAACCAGUAUAUUUCAAAUGAUGAUGCUGGCCACUGUUGCAUUUAGCUGUUGUUUUAUUAUGUUUGUUAAACAGACAUGAUAGUGACAAUGUGAUUGUAUUAUUUAUGUGUAAAUAUUGAGUGUUGUGGCUUCAACCUUUGCCUUUGUAUUAUCUGUACCAGAUUUUCUUCAGGUAAGGGAAAAAUUGACAUCAGUAACUAGACACAAUGUCUAAAUUCAAAAUGAAAUCUACAUAAGAUGUACAAAUGUGUGACAUGGAAUGUGCUCUUAUUUGAUGUUUCAAGAUAAACCAUACACUGCCUCACAUUA